UGUGUGUGGUUCUACAGCUUGGGCAUAGACAGUAGCAGAAGAAGCAUAUAGUUUCUUGUUGUAUACGGUAAAGACUUGGUCAUUAAGAUGAAAAAUCAAGAGGUGCUCAACGAGGAGGAGCUGAACGAAGACCAAGAUGAGGUUGCUGCGUCGAUGUUUCGAAGAGGAGGCUCAGAGACGAGUCCUAUGUUUGCAGCAUUCCGUAUGGAUUCCAUCAGUUCAAAGCUUGGCCACUACACAAAGACUGAUUAUCCUGAUCACACUGAAAGAUUUACCAAGGAGAAACUCUUCAAGGCUGCAUGUGAAGGAGAUUCUUCUCAACUUGAUGGACUACUUGACUACCUGAAAGCCAACAAUAAGAAACUUACAAGCUCAGAAUUCAAAGAUGAAUCAAAUGGACAAACUGCUCUCCUGAAAGCUCUGCUGCACCUCAAAGAUCAGAAAAAUGACACCAUUCCAGUCUUCCUGGACAUAGCAGAGAAAACUGAAGAUUUAGAGGCUUUUAUCAAUGCAUCUUAUAAAGGCUACUUCAACGGUCAGACGGCUUUGCACAUCGCUAUUGAGAGGAGAAGCUUAGAACAUGUGAAGCUGCUGGUGCAGAAAGAAGCAGACGUCCAAGCCAAAGCCAAUGGGAAGUUCUUCCAGAGUGAUGGACAACCAGGCUUUUAUUUCGGAGAGCUUCCUCUGUCAUUGGCUGCCUGCACCAACCAGCCUGAGGUCGUGUCCUUCCUCAUGGACAACCCUUACAAAACAGCUGAUGUGACCGAUAAAGACUCCCAAGGAAACACCGUCCUGCACGCCUUGGUGAUCUUAGCAGACAACAAAGAAGAAAACACAAAAAUGAUCACACAAAUGUAUGACGACAUCCUUGUUCAACACUACAAACUUGAGAAAAAAAAAAAAGUCCAGCUGGACACGAUUGAAAAUAACCAGGGGUUGACUCCUCUGAAGUUGGCCGCCAAGCUUGGCAAGAUCGGGCUGUUUAGACACAUUAUGCACCAAGAGUUUCUGGACAAAGAGACCAGGCCGCUGUCCAUGAAGGUAGCCGAAUGGGUCUAUGGACCAGUUCAGUCCUCACUUUAUAACAUAGACUCCAUUGACACUGACAAAGACAACUCUGUGCUGGAAAUACUUGUUUACGGGAGGGAAAUUCCAAAUCGCACUGACAUGCUUAAGAUCGAGCCUCUCCACAGCCUUCUCAAGGAUAAGUGGAACAGGUUUGCUGGCAAGUUGUUCUUCACACAUUUCCUGAUUUAUGUUGCUUACCUGGCCAUCUUCACCGGUGUGGCCAUCUACAGAAAGGCAGAACUGCCGCCGUAUCCCAUCAAAGAUGUCUAUGACUAUCUGCGCAGCAUCGGCGAACUCAUCUGUGUCAUCGGAGCCGUAUGGUUUCUAUGUAAAGGGGUGUACGAUUUAAAGAGGAAUCGUCCAAAGUUCAAUACUCUUUACAUAAGUGGAUUCUCUGACAUUAUGUUUUUCUUUCAGGGACUGCUUCUUCUGAUCGCGGCCAUCUUGUACAUUUGUGGGGUUACAGAAUACCUUGGACUGCUGGUGAUCUCUCAAGCUCUGGCCUGGGUUAAUAUUCUUUACUUCACAAGAGGAAAUAAACAACUGGGUAUUUACAACGUCAUGGUGCAAAGAAUGAUCCUGGGAGACAUCUUCAACUUUUUGUUUGUGUAUGCUGUGUUCCUUUUUGGAUUUACUACAGCUAUCAUGGCUCUAAUGAAAAACACAGUAGAUCCACUCUCCAACAUCACUCCUGCAGGCUACAUAAGUGACGUUUUUUGUAACAAACAGUCCUACACCAACAUUUGUUUCACAAUUAUGGAACUGUCCAAGUUCACCAUUGGAAUGGGAAAUCUAGAGUUUGCCGACAAGGUCCAUCACAAGGAAGUUUUCUACAUUCUUCUCAUCACAUAUAUCAUACUCACCUACAUCCUGCUGCUCAACAUGCUCAUAGCUUUAAUGGGAAACACUGUGGAAACCACAUCCAGUGAGACCGAAAAAAUCUGGAACCUGCAGAGGUGUCUUACUAUUCUGGACAUGGAGCAAAGUAUGCUGAGGUGCCUGAAGAAUAAAGUGUGUCCUGAGAAGCCUGGAGAGUCAAAAAUAGUGAGUGUUAAAGGAAAAGAUGGCAAGGAACAUCGAUUUUUAAGGGUGGAAGAGAUGAACUGGACCGAGUGGAGAUCUGACCUCUGCAUCUUCCAGAAAGAAGAUCCAGAGAAUCACAUGAGGAACCCACCACUACCCCGGGUUCUGUACCAGAACCAGAUCACAGGGAAUCUGGGGAAUCGAAUAGAUCACAUCAUUAACAGAUUUCGUAACAGUGCCAGACGUCGCCCACCACAACCACCCAGCAUCCCCUAGGUCCAUCACAAUCGGGGCGUAGAAUUGCGUAGGGACACUAGGGACACGUCCCUAUCAAUAUCCAGCCACUACUGUGUUGUCCCUACCAAUACAACCACUGUCCGUAGUGUUUAGUCAAAGAUUAUGGCACACAAAGGGUU